AUGGCAACUGCAGGGCUUUCUACCGUUUGCAUGACCCAAAUCCCUCCACAAAGACGGAUCGCAACCUCGUUUGUCAAAACCCAACAACCCUCAUUGGGCUCCCCAAAGAGCACCACAAGAACCUUUGGGCUGAAAGUAAGGCCUAACUUCCGGGUUUCCGCCAUGGCCACGUACAAGGUGAAGUUGGUGGGGCCCGAUGGGGUUGAGUCCGAGUUUGAUGCCCCAGACGACGCGUACAUUCUCGACUCAGCCGAGAAUGCGGGAGUUGAAUUGCCUUAUUCGUGCAGGGCGGGUGCAUGCUCCACGUGCGCUGGGAAACUGGCUUCAGGUGCGGUCGACCAAUCAGAUGGCUCUUUUCUCGAUGAUGGCCAGAUGGCUUCAGGAUAUGUGCUGACGUGUGUUUCGUACCCGACUUCGGAUUGUGUGAUCCACACGCACAAGGAGAGUGAUCUGUACUGA